AUCAGCCCCCCGGGUCCAAUAGUUCUUCGUGCUUGCUCCGUUCCCACCGGUCCCAACGGCCAUGGAUGGGGCUCCCUCGGUGCAGGUGAGGCUGUGUAGCAGUGCUGCCAAGGUGCCCCUGAGCCCUGAGGAAGGCAUUGGUGCCUUGAAAUCUCGUGUGGCUGGGGCCUUUGGUUUGACUGCACCCUUCGACAUCCUUGGACCGGAGGGGCGCCUCACCACGGAUGAAGAUGCAGCACAAGCCUUGAAAGGUGAGGGCUCGGAGUUGAGCAUCAGUACUGGUGAGGACGCAUUGUUGGACCUUGAGCGUGCGCGCGAGGAGUCCGGGGUCUUGCGAUGGGCGCUCCUUCGCCAGAUACUGGCGGACAUGCGUGCGCGCAUGGCAGAGAUGUCCUCAAAUAUCAGUGAAGGAAAGCACAAAGCAGCUGUGCUGGAACAGCAGUUGGUGCGUGAACGAAGUUCGCGUGAAGCCAUCCAGAAUGCUUUGAGGAACGAGCUCGUUGAGUCAAAGGAACAGCUGGCAGUUGAAAUCCAUAAGGUGCGACAAGAAAGCAAGAGAAAUUUAGAUGAAGCCGUCUCGGGGUUGCAGCAGCAAGUGCAGAUCCUGGCAAAGGAGCACUCUGAUGCAUUGGAGUCCAAGGAGGCCGCCCUGAAAGAAGCUCUGCAGAGUGAGUCGGCGGGCCGCCUGCGUGAUGCGGAUGAGAACCUGCGGCGCUUUCAGGAGCUGCGCAAUUUGGUCACAGAGGAGUCGACCGCUCGUGGUGACGCCUUCAAGAAGGCCCUGGGUGCGGUGAACGCCACGGAGGAGCGCCUCAGCGCCGAGAGCUCAGCGCGCCAACAGUUGCAGGCGCAGACGGAAGCAGCCAUUGGCAAGAGGUCCAAUGAGAUCCAGCAGUUGGAGACGAAGCUCAGCGCCUUCAUCAGCUCCAUGCAGAGUUCCCUGGCUGACAGCAAUGCCAAGUUGGAGGCGGAGGAGAGCCUCCGAGCCUCGGGGCUGGAGAAGUUGGGGAACUCCAUGGAGGCGCUGAGGCAAGAUGUUGGCUCCAGGGUGGCACAGCUGGAAGGAAACAUCAAUGAAGCUAUGGCUGGGUUGGAGGCUGACUUGAAGGCUAUGGUGAUGGAGGUGAAGGAGAAGGCCCAACAGCAAGAUCAACAACAGAAGGAUGCUUUGCAAGAGCUUUCCAGAAAGCUGGAGGAGGAAGCCAGCGACCGGCGACACUGUGAGCAACGCACUGCAGGUAUGUUGAGCGGCCUGCAGGUGGCCAUCAGCAACGAGGAACAGGCGCGGGAGGCUGCCUUGACCGAGGCCAGUCGCCUGCAGGGGCUCCUGGAGGCGCGACUGGAGACCUUGGAAUCUGGGUUGAAGGAUACAGCGGUGGGGCUCAAGGCGGAAAUUUCCAACUUGGAGGAGAGCUUCUCCAAGUUCUGUGCAGAGGAACAGGUGGCCCGGGACGUGGCGAAACAGGACUUGGAAGCCGCCCAGCUGCGCAAGCACGAGGCCCUGAGCGAGGAGAUGCGUCGGGCGCAUGCGGCGCAGACAGAGGAGAGCAGGCAGUGGGCGCAGACGCUGGUGGAGCGGCUCAGCAACGACCUGCGAGGUGAGCGUGAGGCGCUCUUCCAGGAGCUCAACCGUCGCUGUGACGAGGUGGCGAAGCUGAACGCGGAGCACAUUCGGCUGGAAAUGGCCGCGGAGCUACAGAAGGUGGACGCCACCAGUUCUGAGAUGUUGCUGAAACAGAAGGCCAUGUUGGAGGAGGAGAAGCAUCGCUACGAACACCAGGCCUCCUGCGCCGCCUCGGAGGUCAAGGCUGCCCUGGACGCGCACGGCGACUUCGCGGAGGCCCUGGAGGCCGAGCAGCGCCUCAUCGUGGAGCGCCUCACGGAGCAGCUGACGAAGGAGGCGGCGCAACGGCACGAGCUCAUGAAGCGCCUGGGAGUGGUGGAAAUGGAUGUGCAGAAGGUCAGGGGCCAUUUGCCAAUUCUCUUUGCUUCGCCUACAGCUUUCCGGUGAUUUCGGAUGAUGGGGCAAUGGGGCUUGGACAAUUGCUUUCAUGAUGGCUUCAGCGCCUGAGCCUCCGUUGUGGCGUGCGGCUGCGCACGAAAACGUGAGAGGUAUUGGAGCCACCCUGAGCGAUCAGGCUCAGGAGUUGGGGAAAUUACUGUAUUGAAAAAUUGAAAAUUCAUGGGGCUCCGUCCCUGCACAGGCUGCAAAUAGACUGCAUAGAUUUCAAAUUCGCGGAGUUCUUUAACGCAUGAUGUGAGCCUAUUUAGUUGCUGAUGAUUCCCUGCUGGCCUACAGGCUUGCAGCGACGUGAAAUUCAGAGAAGUCAGCGGUUGGAUGCGAUGUGCAUGCUCUUUUCAAAA